AUGCCACGAACCGGAAGAGGACUGACUAUGCGGAUGCGCCCACUUGAGUUGGCCCCGACUCCCAGCACCUCAAAGCCUUCCAAGGCCGAAAUAGUGCCCGGAGUUUGGUCGACUUCAUCACCAUGCUUAAACUUGGGUUUUCGAAAGAAUCCCCCAAUGCUUUAUAAGUCGACUACCUUUCGACCUUCUGGUGGACCACAUUUUUAUAUACUUGUCCGUGGCAGACAUCAUCCGUCUACGCAGGGUCUUAAUAGAGCCUUCUUCGUCCUGACUCACGAAUCCAUGAUCUGGAAACGCUUUUUGAACUGUCUCCAAAGGCCCGUUCCAUACUUUAAUGACAAGCGGUUCAGUUUCGGUCCUCGAGACUUUGAGCCAGAACGCCUACUAGCCCAGACAUCGUCGGCCGAUGAUAACUGGAGAUGUGACUUUACGAGAGCUUUCCACGCAAACACGAUGUUCCUCGACGCAAUAGUGUACGACAUGAAGCUACUACCAGGAGGAAAAUACCUCGUCGUCGCAGCGAAGGGUGCGAGUGCGACACAUGUUAUCGCAGUGUUCGAACUUUACGGAGAUCGUCCCGACCACAUGGUCUUCAAGCUCAUCUCUUCCACCAAUCUCCAUCAUCGCGCUUUCCAGCUUCAAACUAGAUUCAUGCCCUUCAAAAAUGAUUCAUGUAUAUUCAUUGGAUAUGUCUAUCGAGCUUAUAGCCUGGGGCAUACCAAUAACAGCGUUGAUUUGUCUGAGAUCGAUUAUAAUUGUACACCUGGCAACUCAUCUGUCCGAUAUAUUUGGCGAUGGUCGUAUAUCAAAAUGGACCAGCUGAAGGACACUACAAGCCAGCCACCGCUGACGCUGACGUGGACCGACUGGUACGCGUGCGAGUCUCCCAUUUUUGACGUAGGCUUUUUUGCGAUCAACGACGUACCUCUCGUUGCAUUUGUUCAAGCGCCGCACACAGUCGUUUUUACCAACCUACUAGCGGAAGGCGAAGCGCUGCCACACAUAGCGGUCUGCAAGGCUUCCAACACUAUGCAACACCUUCGCAUCCGAGCUCUCCGUGUCAUCCCUAGACAGAACCAGUUCUUGGUGAUUCAAACCUCUCUUGAAAACGAACAUUUGGCCCAGCUCUAUCGCAUGCCAAAAUUCGGCAAACACAAUCAAGAGCCUGACGAGACACGGAUCCUGGACAUUCACGGUUUUAUUCCCUCUUUUCAGAUAUCGGAUAAUUACCAAUCCAUGGAUUACAUCCCCGGCCAUCCGAACUAUUUCCAGAGCUUGAAUUACGAUCCUCCGCCCAUCUCCAUCUUUGUGCAGACGAACGAUCCGCCCGGCUUGCUUCAUUAUACGAUGAUGCCUAUGAGCGACCGAGCCGACGAUGUCUACUACACUGUAGAAGGAAAAUCGUUCAAUCAGCAGUCUCGUAACAAUAAGGAACAGUACGACGUCCUGCCUGGCAUACAUCGUGCUCUAGUCUACAAGACUAUUUACGAUGACUCCACUCAAACACAGGGUAUCGUGGAGCUGCGACGCUAUUUGAACAAGAAAAGGCCUCACCCGGCGUAUAUUUCCGGCUUUCGAGAAGUGAGGGAGCCUUUACUGCGCAGAUAUGCAAUGGAGACCUGGAGGCCGAUCCCCGUUUACUUAUCCAUUACCUUACCGAACGAGAUUCUGCAACGGAUAAGAACGGUAGGCAUGGGUACAAUUACUUGGGACGAGGGCACGGGACGUGUGUGCAUUAGUUCGCGGGACGGGAAAGUUGUAAUUUUGGACAUGGGGAGAGCCCUUCCGGCGAAUGAAACGGUUGAAUUUCUAGAUCAAGUGGCCACAGGCAUGUCAGUAGAUAGUCUGAGUAGCAGAUCAGGCCGAUGUAUGUAA